AGAAAGCCAGCGCUUUAUAGUAUUUUCCUUCUUUCCUAAGAUCAGGCCGAAAGGCGUAGUUGAUGGACAACAGGUGAAUAUUCCUGUACUAUACUUUACUUUUGUUGGUUCCGAGGGACGGAGGAGGCUAGGUCAUAUAUAAAUCAAAUUUUAAGUAAGCCAUUUCAUCAAUCUAUUUUUUCAUUUUAAGUCACGUUCAUACCUAAAACCUCUGAUUAAUUGACAUGGCUUCCAAACCGAUCCACCCUUUGUUGAAGAUCAAUCCAUCAAGUGAAUGCCGGAGAGUUUUGGUUCGUGUGAUUUCACUGUACAAGAUGCCAGUGUAUAAUGAUGAGAAGAUGACGAAUUCGAUUGAGAUGAUAUUCAUGGACGAACAUGAAACUACUAUCCAUGUCACUGUAAGAAAAACUCUGGUGGGAACUUUUGAGAAGAAAAUAAAGGAAGGAUCAGUAUAUGUAUUUGCUUACUUCAGCGUCGGCAAUAGAAGUGGAUAUUAUCGCACAUCACGACAUGACUUUCGCCUAAAUUUCCAAGCAAGGACGACUGUCACUGAAACCAGAUGUGACAAAAUACCACUUUAUGGAAUUAGGUUGGUUGCAUUUCCGGAAAUCUUGCAUGCAGAUUCAAACUAUCCAUAUUUAGUCGACACUAUGGGGAUUCUUACAGCUACUGGAAAUGAAAGAGAUAUACUGAGGGAGUCAAAAAGAACAAAGAUGAUUGUGAUCACGUUGGAGGCCGAAGGACAAAGGUUGGAUGUUACUUUAUUUGGUGAGUAUGUUGACUUGCUCAAAGGCUUCUUUCGACAAGCGCCGUUGGAACAUGCAGUGAUCGUCAUUCAAUAUGCUAAGGUCAAGAUGUUUCAAGACCGCAAGCUUCAAAAAAUUUGGGUGACUUUUGGUUCCUUGGAAAAUCUGCUCAACUUCUCGAUUGAGAAUUCUGAUCAGCUUCUCUUUCGAUGGAGAAAUCCACUUCGCUCCUGGCCGAUUGAGGUGAGUGCAUAGAGGAAAAAAAUUGGAAGAGGAAAACGCAGACGAUAACAAUCGAUUCUUCGCUCCUGACGGAGAAAUCCACGCCGAUUUUGAAUCCUUUGUAUAGUAAAUGAGUUUGUCUUCUUAGCGAUGGGAAGCUUGAAGUGCGUGUUCCUUCCUAUGUCAUUACUUGAAAGUUCUUGAAGGUUUUGAUGGAGAUAAUGUUCCGGUGUUUGCGAUUGAGGUUAAGGAUGACACGGACUGUACAAGGUUCAUAGUUUUCAAUGAUCAAGCUGAGAAGAUUAUUGGCUAAUCUGCCAUGAACAUGAGUGUGUACGAUAUCACAAAGAAAUUGGAGGUAGGUAUACAUGUUUGGCACAAAAAUUCGCCAGGAGCUGGGAGGAUUAAUCGACUUCUCUGCGUAACAAUUCUGAUUACUAUUUUGAUUCAUCUCCUCCCCACAUGCAUGGAUCUGGUAACUCUAAUCAAUUCGCCGCUUUGUACUAUGAUGUAUGAACUGAGAUGAAUGCUUUUUUUUAAUUAUAUAUUUUUUCAAUUUCAACAAUCGUAAUGAUUCAUCAUGUACUUGUGCUUCUUAGAGUAGACAAACAAUUGUAUUCGUUUAAUCAAGAUAAUUAGCUUUU